CCCUGGAGGGCGGGGCUUGGCUGCACCCACGUGUGGCGGAGUUAUAUGCUCCUAGCCGGCAGAGGAGCUGGGGAGUGUGGAACCAGCUGGCUCAGGCAGAAAAGCAGCACCAUGGCCGGCAAGAAAGUCUGCAUUGUAGGCUCCGGCAACUGGGGCUCAGCCAUUGCCAAGAUUGUGGGUGGCAAUGCAGCCCAGCUGGCACGCUUUGACCCACGGGUGACCAUGUGGGUGUUUGAGGAAGACAUCGGGGGCAGAAAGCUGACAGAGAUCAUCAACACACAGCAUGAAAAUGUCAAAUACCUGCCCGGGCACAAGCUUCCCCCCAACGUGGUGGCUGUCCCAGAUGUGGUCCAGGCUGCAGUGGAUGCUGACAUCUUGAUCUUUGUGGUGCCCCAUCAGUUCAUCGGCAAGAUUUGUGAUCAGCUCAAGGGCCACCUGAAGGCAAACGCCAUUGGGAUAUCUCUUAUUAAGGGUGUAGAUGAAGGCCCCAAUGGGCUGAAGCUCAUCUCUGAAGUGAUUGGGGAGCGGCUCGCCAUCCCCAUGAGUGUGCUGAUGGGGGCCAACAUUGCCAGCGAGGUGGCUGAUGAGAAGUUUUGUGAGACAACCAUUGGCUGCAAGGACCAGGCCCAGGGACAACUUCUGAAAGAACUGAUGCAGACACCCAAUUUCCGAAUCACAGUGGUACCAGAGGUGGACACAGUAGAGAUCUGUGGGGCCUUAAAGAAUGUAGUGGCCGUGGGGGCUGGCUUCUGCGACGGGCUGGGCUUUGGCGACAACACCAAGGCAGCGGUGAUCCGGCUGGGGCUCAUGGAGAUGAUCGCCUUCGCCAAACUCUUCUGUAGGGGCCCUGUGUCCCCUGCCACCUUCUUGGAGAGCUGUGGUGUUGCUGACCUCAUUACUACCUGCUACGGAGGGCGGAACCGCAAGGUGGCAGAGGCCUUUGUCCGUACAGGAAAGUCCAUUGAGCAGCUUGAGAAAGAGAUGCUGAAUGGGCAGAAGCUGCAAGGGCCCCAGACAGCCCGGGAGCUACACAGCAUCCUCCAACACAAGGGCCUGGUGGAUAAGUUUCCUCUGUUCAUGGCUGUGUACAGGGUAUGCUAUGAGAGCCAGCCAGUGGGUGAAUUCAUCCGCUGCCUGCAGAAUCAUCCAGAACAUAUGUGAGCAAGACUAAGGCCCAGGCCAGGAAACUUCUUUACCCCGGUGGAGAGAGGCAGAAGCUUUGGUACCUGGCCACCAGGAUCUCUGGGUCUCCCCAGAGAGAAGCCUCUUCUCUGCUUUUCCCUGGAGGAUAGGAGGCUGUGGGGCCCAUCGAUCGGUCUGGAAAUCCUGAAUCACCAAGCAGCCUGCAGCCUCUUGCCACAUCUGGCCAGGAAUGGAGAUGCCUGUCCCUCUCCAAAUGUGGGGCUUUCUCCUUGCCCUCUGGGAAGCCCCAGUGCUGUCUGUUUGGGCAUGUGUGGUGGGGCAGGGGGUGGAGGGAGAGGGAGGUAAGGCAAUGGCCACCCACUGCUGCAUCACACAGGACAGGAAUCCUGUCCCCAAGCCCAGUUGAGUGGCUACAGAACUAUCUCAGCUCCAAGAGGGAUGAAGCAAGGCCUGUCAGGGAGUGGUUUGAGAUUUUGAGCUGACAUAGGGACUCCUUUGCUCUGUCUGACCUAUGCCAGGCCCCACUCAGCAUCAAUGGAUCUCAGUGUUUGUUAACAAAAUACGAAGAUCUCAACCCUC